GUUUUUGCUCACGAUCGUCGCAAGGGGUAAUAUCUUAUACAACUCCUACAUUAAAAUGAAAUCGAACACGAGGAAUAGGACUGUAAAGAUGACCGUUUCAUUCCGCAUGAUUCCGGAAGCCACGUUCUAUGUCUACAGCUUCGAGGGCGAGGAAAUGAGAAUGGAUAUGAAGACAGUCACUUUUGAGAAGGAUUUCGGCAACUCGAUUCAAAUAGCAGAUCAAUGUGUUCUACUACUCCGAGGUGGAAACGACCUGAGUCGGGAGAAUAUAUUUAGUGAUCUUGGCACUCACGGAACUUCUGGCCUUAUAAUUUUAACGAACGCAAGAUUAAAAAGCGAUAUUAUCUAUGAGGACUGCCAUGAUGGAGGCGACAUCGUGAUUCCUGCUCGUUCUCCGUCAUCAACCUCUUCUGAAACAUUUAAUCCAAUACACCGAAACCACUUUUCGGAGACUUGCCUCUUCGAAAAUUUAACCGACCUCAUCAACCGAUCUGCGUCACAGUAAUAGCAGCCAGACUCCAAGUGGUGGCACAGCAAAAACCCUCCUAUGUCAAGCUAUACGAUUACUAUGACACGAGCCUCAGUACCGUGGAGUACUACGAUGUUGGAGCCUCCUUUUGCGACAUCUGCAAGGGCGCCGACUGCGGAAAAGAAUGUUAAAUAUUAUGUUUCGUAGCGUUUUUCCUAAAAGGAUUAUACCCAAAUAAAACCAAUAUUCGUAAAGGUGUGCAACGCAAGGAGCCAA